AUGACGAAAACAUUGAUUCUUGUGGCUAUAUGUCUAAUACUUGCUCUCAACAUUGUUGCUGAGGCUAAGAUUCACAUAGUGUAUCUUGGUGAGAGGCAACACGAUGAUCCUGACUCAGUCACCGAGUCUCAUCAUCAAAUGCUUUCGUCAAUCCUUGGAAGCAAAGAAGCUGCCCAUGAUUCAAUGGUGUACAGUUAUCGCCAUGGCUUCUCAGCUUUUGCAGCGAAGUUAACAGAUUCCCAAGUAAAUCAACUCGCAGAGUUACCAGAAGUUGUUCAUGUCAUACAAGAUAUAGUCUACGAAUUGGAGACAACAAGGACUUGGGAUUACUUAAAACAGACUUCAACACAUCCAAAGAAUCUCUUAAACCAAACUAACAUGGGAGAGAAAAUCAUCAUCGGUGUGGUUGAUUCUGGAAUAUGGCCAGAGUCUGAAUCAUUCAAUGACAAUGGUUACGGACCAAUACCAAAACGUUGGAAAGGAAGUUGUGAGUCAAAACAGAGCUUCAACGGCUCAACCGUUUGUAAUAGAAAACUGAUUGGCGCCAAAUACUUCGUGAGCGGAAUACUCGGCGGCGCAGACGAAAGCAACUGGAACACAACUGAGAAUCCAGAAUAUGUUUCUCCUAGAGACUUCAGCGGUCACGGGACACACGUGGCGGCAACGGCUGCUGGCUCGUUUGUCCCGGACGCAAGUUACUUAGCUCUCGGGAGAGGAAUCGCUAGAGGCGGUGCGCCACGAGCCCGCAUUGCAAUGUACAAGGCUUGUUGGCACAUAGCCUCUAGAGGAACAGCGAGUUGUUCAGCCGCGGAUUUGUUGAAAGCAAUAGACGAAGCCAUUCACGACGGUGUAGACGUUUUGUCUCUAUCUCUCUCGCUUCCUCCUAUGUUCCCUGAGGUGGACGCUCGAAACCCUAUGGCGGUUGGAGCUUUCCACGCGGUUGUGAAGGGGAUCCCGGUUGUUUGUUCCGCCGGUAACUCCGGUCCGGCUUCUCAAACGGUUACUAACACAGCUCCUUGGGUCAUUACCGUUGCUGCAACCACUCAAGAUCGGUCUUUUCCAACACUUAUUACACUUGGCAACAAUGUUACAAUUGUGGGCCAAGCAUUGUAUCAAGGUCCGGAUAUGGAUUUCACAGGUCUGGUUUACCCUGAAGGUCCAGGAGAAGACAACGAGACAUUUUCCGGAGACUGUGAAAAUCUUUCCGUAAACCCAGCUCGUAUAAUAAAAGAGAAGAUUGUCUUGUGUUUCACGAAAUCGACAGAGUUCGGUACCGUGAACAAAGCUGCAUCGGAUGUAUUUGACCUUGAUGGCUACGGUGUGAUCGUUGCGAGAAACCCUGGAUAUCAACUUAACCCCUGCGACGGUUUCCCUUGUCUCGCUGUAGAUCACGAACUCGGAAUCGAUAUACUCUUCUACAUACGUUCCACUAGAUCACCUGUCGCCAAGAUUCAACCUACAAGAACGUUGGUUGGACUCCCCGUGGCUACAAAGGUCGCUACUUUCUCAUCGAGAGGACCUAGUUCCAUCUCUCCUGCCAUUCUCAAGCCUGAUAUUGCAGCACCUGGAGUGAACAUACUGGCCGCAACUUCACCGAACGACACAUUCUACGAUAGAGGAUUCGCUAUGAAGUCAGGAACAUCCAUGUCGACUCCUGUUGUUUCUGGAAUCGUAGCACUACUUAAGUCUUUGCACCCUCAUUGGUCUCCUGCCGCCAUUAGAUCCGCCAUUGUCACUACAGCUUGGAAAACAGAUCCAUCCGGUGAACCAAUUUUCGCAGACGGGUCAAACCGCAAACUAGCUGAUCCAUUUGACUACGGAGGAGGCGUUGUGAACUCAGAGAAAGCAGCGAAACCUGGUCUUGUUUACGAUAUGGGAGUUAACGAUUACAUUCAUUACUUGUGCUCUGUUGGCUACACAGAUUCAUCCAUUACUAGCCUCGUCCGCAAGAAGACGGUUUGUGAAAACCCUAGACCUUCUGUUCUUGAUCUCAACUUGCCUUCGAUCACAAUCCCAAACCUUGCGAAAGAAGUUACCAUCACUAGAACUGUUACCAACGUUGGACCAGUAGGGUCGGUGUAUAACGCUGUGAUUGAGGCUCCGAUGGGUGUUAACGUGACCGUGACGCCAAGGACGCUAGUGUUUGACGCUAAGACUAGGAAGAUCUCGUUCAAGGUUCGAGUGUUGACGAACCAUAGAGUGAACACUGGCUACUACUUUGGAAGCUUGACUUGGACUGACUCUGUGCACUAUGUGGUCAUCCCUAUCUCCGUGAGAACUCAAAUCAUCCAGCGUUACUACGAUGAGAACUGA